AAAUUUCAGGUGAUCAAUUAUGAUUAAUUUUGUAUGUUUGCUUUGUUUAACAAGUUUAGUAACUGCUGUUACAUAUCUUGAUGAUUGGGAUGAAAGCAAUGGUAUUAGCAUAUUCGAAUUGAGGAAAAGUUCAUUGGCAUGUCCAAUAAUUGUGGUUGGUGAGCAAUGUCCAGACGAAACGCCACUAUACUACUAUCGUUGUUGCGGUGAUUUAAAUAGUUCCUGUUGUUUUAGGCUUCAGGAUGUAUGCGAUCAAUUGAAGGAUGAUCAUGGCAGUAGUAAUUUAAAAAUUCGAUUCAAUUUAUCCAUUCUUUUAGGUGUAUUCAAUGAUUUAGGAAAAAUUAAAAUAUGA